AUGAAUGAGUUUCGUAGCUGGAUUUCUGACAAUGGUUUGGUUGAGGCUGAUGUUAUUGGUAAAAAAUAUACUUGGUCUAAUUGUAGAAGUGGAGAUCAAAGAAUUGUCUCUAAACAUGAUAGAGCGGUUGUUAAUGAUGCUUGGUGCUAUAAGUAUCGAACUGGAGAUGCAAGGCCUUGCCUAGGGUUUGUUCAGAUCAUUCCCCCCCUUUUGGGUUUGCUUUUUAAAAUCCAAGGCCGGCUAGAGUUCCUUUUUCGAAUUCAGAAGAUGUGGCUUUCCCAUCCAGGUUUUAUGCAGUUGUUUGAGGAGAACUGGAAUUUGGAUCUUAACGGUGCUCCCCUUUUUGUUUUUACUUCUAAGCUGAAGAGAUUAAAGGAGGUGUUGAAGAUUUGGAACAUAACUAUUUUUGGAGAUGUGCAAUUUCGCUUGAAGCAGGCUGAAUUAAAAAUUGAAUCUGAGAAUGAUAUUCUUGAUUAUGAUCCGGCUGAUGAGUUUAAAUUCCUAAAGGUUGCGGAUGCCAAAAAGGAUGUUGAUGAUGUGAGAACGGAGUUGGCAAUUAUGCUUAAGAUGAAGUCGAGAGUAACUUGGUUGGAGGAUGGUGACCAAAAUACUCGUUUCUUUCAUAAUAGCAUCCGCAUGAGGAGAAGUCAAAAUACCAUCUCAGAGCUUAAGGUUUCUAACGAUACUACUUUGUUUUUGCAGGAUGAGAUAAAGGAUUUCAUUGUUAAUCAUUAUCAGGCCAAGUUCAAUGGUGGUGACGUUCAUAUUGAUCCAGUUUUAUUUGAUAUUGAACAUGAGAGCAUUUCAGUUGCUGAGAGUGCUUAUAUGGAAGCUAUUCCAUCUUUGGAGGAAGUUAAAGUGGCGGUUUUUGAUUUGGGAGCUGAUUCUGCGCCUGGCCCAAAUGGCUUCACAGGCUCUUUCUAUUGA